AUGACUAAGAGAUCGUAUCUUGGCCUCCGUGGUCAAGCGCUGAACUAUGCCAUCGGCAUCAUUGCCGGGUGUGACUUUAUGCUGUUCGGCUACGACCAGGGUGUUAUGGGCGGCAUCCUGACACUGGAUAUUUUUCUGAACCAAUUCCCCAUUAUCAAUCCGGCAGCGGCCAGCGGGACGGAGUCGUCGCGCCGGUCGACGUACCAGGGCAUCUCCGUGGCCUCGUACAACCUCGGCUGCUUCCUGGGCUCGAUCAUCACCAUCUUCAUCAGCAACCCACUAGGCCGCAAGCGGAUGAUCAUGCUGGGCACAGCCGUCAUGGUUAUUGGUGCAGCGCUGCAGGCAUCCGCCUUGACGAUCGAGCACCUGAUCAUCGGCCGGAUCAUCACCGGUAUGGGCAACGGCUGCAACACGUCGACAGUGCCGACGUGGCAGUCAGAGACGUCGCGCGCACACAAGCGUGGAAAGCUUGUCAUGAUCGAGGGCGCUUUGGUGUCGGGCGGCAUCAUGAUCUCGUACUGGAUCGACCUCGGCUUCUCAUUCGCGCCCGGUUCUGUGGCCUGGCGCUUCCCCCUGGCCUUCCAGAUCGUCUUCUGCCUGCUGAUUCUCACUUUCAUCCCGUAUUUGCCGGAGUCGCCGCGCUGGCUGGUCCUCAAGGGCCGCGAGGACGAGGCGCGCGAUGUUCUGGCCGCUCUGGCCGACUGCGGCGUCGAAGACCACGCGCUGCAUGCCGAGCUGGCAGAGAUCCGCGAUACCGUCCGCGAGAUGGCCAGCGGCUCGUUCAAGGACCUUUUUUCCGCCAACCGCGACCGCAACCUGCACCGCACAAUCCUUGCCUAUGCCAAUCAGGUCUUCCAGCAAAUCUCCGGAAUCAACCUCAUCACCUACUACGCCCCUGUUAUCUAUACCAGUCUUGGCAUGGGCUCUUUUCUCUCACGUCUGCUGGCCGCCCUCAAUGGCACCGAGUACUUUCUCGCCUCUUGGCCUGCCGUCUUCCUCGUCGAGCGUGUUGGCCGCCGCAAGCUGAUGCUUUUCGGUGCCACCGGCCAGGCCAUCACCAUGGCCGUCCUCGCUGGCGCCAACUCCAUCUCGGCUACCAACACGGCCGCCGCCAUUGUGGCCGUCGUCUUCCUCUUCGUCUUUAACACAUUUUUUGCCAUCGGCUGGCUAGCUAUGACCUGGCUAUACCCAGCCGAGGUGGUGCCUCUGCGCAUCCGCGCUCCAGCCAAUGCACUUUCGACCUCAGGCAACUGGAUAUUCAACUUCAUGGUUGUCAUGGUCACUCCCGUCGCCUUCUCGAGCAUCGGCUACAAGACCUACAUCAUUUUCGCCGUCAUCAAUGCCUUUAUUGUCCCAUGUGUCUACUUCUUCUACCCCGAGACCGCCUAUCGCUCUCUUGAGGAGAUGGAUGCCAUCUUUCACAAAGUUCACGGCUUACGUGGCAUCCUCACCGUCGUACGCGUCGCCCAAGAGGAACCACGGCGCUACGGCAAGAAUGGCGAGCUACUGAUCGACUACGAGCAGACCGAAGCGUACUGCAAGAAGCACGGUCACGGCCAGCUAAAGCACGACUUAAAACAAACCACGGCCUAUCCUUUGGAGGGAAGCGACAGCGGGAUUGGAGCCGCCUAA